AUGAACAAUCAUUACAAUUAUGAUGGUACAAAUACGAAUUAUUCGAAUCGACAACAGUUGUCUGAUAAUCAUGUUAAUGUAAAUAAUCCAUCAUGUCUUCUACAAUCUCCUUUACUCGAUUAUUACGGACAAGAAUCUUUUCAUCAAGCAUCAACAAGACAUAUUCCAAUUUAUAAUAAUAAUCAUCAUCUCUAUCAAGAUAAUUCUAAUCAGUUUUAUCGAUAUAAUGCACUUUCAGCAAAUCAACCAAGUAGUUCAUGUGUAUAUACUUGUCAAAAUGGUUUACUUGGAAACUAUUCCGAAGAAAAUCCGACCAAUGGACUUGCACCAACUGAUAUGGUGUCAUCAAUUCAUCCGAUGCCUCUUGAUCUUUAUGGUUUAUCAAUCACACCUCCUCCUCCUUCGUCGGCCAAUGCCGCAGGUGGAUGUACAUCGUCACCAGCAGCACCUUCAUCAACCCAACAAACUUCACCGAAUGAUCCGAAUUCGUCAUCAUUAAAUAAACAAGAGGAUACGUCUCCUGUGAUCUAUCCAUGGAUGCGCAAAGUCCAUAUCAACAAUCCAGUUAUUAACUAUACAAGUGGAGAAACAAAACGAGCUCGUACGGCGUACACUCGUCAUCAAGUAUUAGAAUUGGAAAAAGAAUUCCACUUUUCCAAGUAUUUAACUCGUCGACGACGCAUCGAAAUAGCCCAUUCACUUGUUCUCUCUGAACGACAAAUUAAAAUUUGGUUCCAAAACAGAAGAAUGAAAUGGAAGAAAGAUCAUAAGUUACCCAAUACAAAAUCGAAGUUACCCGAAACAUUACCAGCAGCAACAACAUCAUCGCCUCACGUUAUAAAAAAAGAGGAGCAAGAACGUGAACUUGAUCCAAUGCUUGUCAACGAUUUGAUUAAAGAAGAAUCUUUCUCAUCUGAAUCAUCAAAUUGA